AUGGGGUCGCUGACAAUGACGGUUGCAAAUCUGCGGCUACCAAAAGCAUGCGGGUUCUUCCAGUCCAGGACCUCGCAUGGAAGGUCCAGCUGGUUCAGCAGGACGUUUUUCCUCAGAUUGGGCACAAUUUCAGGCAAGUCUGUGAGAACAACGUCCUUAUACCCCAGCAGUCCGCAGGCGAUGCCUACCAGACCUGUUCCUGCCCCCAACUCGAGAAUCGGCUCGGCCAGCCGCGGAAAGUUAACCAGCCGUCGGGCCAGCAGGAGCGACGAUCCCCACGUCUUGAGUCCAAGGUUAUCACUUGUCAGUGCUGGCUCAUGUAGACAGAUUGGAGGCAGUCCGUCUACUGUGAUUUUCCGUGUGAAGCCUGGCGCAGCCGUCCGCCCGGAGUUCUCCGAGAUGAUCGUCGAGGCCAGCGCCCACACGUUCUCGCGGUCGGCAGCGUCCAUCCACGAAAGCGGAGAUCCGCAAAUGCCGGUGAGAUACGACACUAUGUCGUUUGUUGGCAGUGCAGCCAGAUCUGAAAGAUUGGCAUACAGCAGCGAACAGUGGGUCUUGAGCCACGGCUCUGCAGCGGCGAAACUAGCCGGGUGUUCUCGCUUGACCGACUCUAUGGAUCGUGUUUGA